AUGAAAUUAUUGAGGUCUGGAGGGACAAACCUGAUUUCCUUCAUAUACCCCUUCCUUUGUUACCAUUAUUCUCCAUCCACUACCUACAUCUCCGGCCCCCUCUCUCUACCCUUGCCUGCAGAGCUUCUGCACCUUGAAACGAUGACAUGGAUGGACGCAAUUGCCACUUGCUUUAGUGGUGAAGACGAUGGAGAUGGCAAAAACAAAGGGAGAAGAAAGGGAAGAGCUGCUACUGUUGCCGCUGCUGCUCCUGCAGGCAGGAAGAUGUGGAAGCAGACGUCCAUGCAGCGGCUCUCCUUCUCGGAUCUAAGCAAUCCCCAAUCACCACGGUUUGCAGAAGAUCUCUCCUUCUCCCUGGGCUCCAACAUUUGCGUCUUCACGACCAACGAGCUGCGGUCCAUUACCAACAACUACUCCUCCAGCUAUUUGCUCGGAGAAGGCGGUUUUGGCCCCGUUUACAAAGGUUUCAUCGAUGAGAAGCUGCGUCCGGGAGUACUGAAGCCGCAGACUGUUGCUGUCAAGCUUCUCGAUUUGGAAGGCCUUCAAGGCCACAGGGAAUGGCUGGCAGAGGUGAUAUACCUAGGGCAGCUGAAGCACGAGCAUGUGGUUAAGUUGAUCGGUUACUGCUGCGAGGAGGAGCAGAGGCUGCUGGUGUAUGAAUUCAUGGCACGCGGCUCUCUGGAGAAUCAUCUUUUUAAAAAAUUUUCACCAUCAUUGCCAUGGGCAGCAAGACUGAAAAUAGCAGUCGGAGCAGCCAAGGGUCUUGCUUUUCUUCAUGGGCUGGAGAGGCCCAUCAUCUACCGAGACUUCAAAGCCUCCAACAUUCUCUUGCAUUCGGAUUUCACUGCAAAGCUCUCGGACUUUGGUCUUGCAAAAGAUGGUCCGGAAGGAGAAGAAACUCAUGUUUCAACCAGAAUAAUGGGUACACACGGUUAUGCGGCACCAGAGUAUGUUAUGACCGGUCACUUGACAGCAAAGAGCGAUGUCUAUAGCUUCGGGGUUGUUCUUCUGGAACUGUUGACGGGGCUAAGGGCAAUGGACAAGAAUCGGCACGGUCGACAGCAGAACCUGGUAGAGUGGAAGCGCCCUUACCUUAAUGACAGCCGGAAACUUAACAAGAUGAUGGAUCUAAACCUGGACGGCCAAUACUCUGUCAAAGCAGCACAGAAAGCAGCUGCAUUGGCUUAUCAGUGCCUAGACCACAACCCAUGGAAAAGGCCCCACAUGCGCACGGUAGUCGAAACACUUGAGCCACUCCAAGAAAUGAAAGAUAUUGCAGUCGCCCACUUCGUCUACACGGUGACCCAAGAAAAUGGGAAGGGCGAAGAGAGAGACAGAAAGCAAGCAGCUAAAGAGAAUGGGCACUCCCCACGCAGACGAAAUGAACAACGUGGACAUCGCAAUCGUUCUCCAAUUUCAGUAAUGCCAUACAAGAACUCCCCGAGUCCGAAACACAGGAGCAACGAAGGGACAGUAGUAAACCAGUGAUCAAUAUAUAUGUAGUAGACUAGAGGAGAAAAUAAAAGCUCCUCAUCAUACUUCCGAGUGUUGAGUUGAUUCAUCUUCUUAAUCUGCUUUAAGGGUCAUGGAUGCCUUGUCACAGCGCUGUGCUAGGAGGCCUUGAGAACUCAAGGCCGAUAGUUAAGGAAAAUAAAGCUCCCAGUUGUGUAUAUACAUAUGAUUGUAGCUGAAAGUUUUGGGGAGUACCACGCGUGUCGGUUCGUUCCUCGAUGUUUUGUCGAAAGGACUAUUCUAAUUCAUUAUUUGAAUGCGAGUAGCAUCUCUUGCAAGGUUGUUAUAUCCCAAUGUAGAUUGUAGUCCUUCCUCAAGCACGACCAAUAAUUGCAUUUCAUGUAAACUACAUACACAU